GGAUGCUGCUCCAGCAUCAGUUCAUCAGCAUCACAUCGCUCCUUCAGUCAUUACCGGGGCUUUUCUCUUUUUAAAAAAUGUACACAACUUCAUUUUUUUCCAUAAAUGCCUUUUAUUGACCAUCGUAUUGAAAGAGUCGGGUUGAGUGACUCGGCUGCUGUCUGUACGUGUGUGUGGCUGGGAGGCAAGUCCAUGGGGAACGUACCUUCGACCAUCAAAGAAUGUCUGAGUACCGGGGCGAAGAUGGACUGGUUCUCCAUUGGAGACACCUCCGUCCCAUUAGGGCUACAGAACAAUACAACACCAGCCCUUCCUGAAUUUGUAAAGAUCGUUGAGGUUGGACCUAGGGAUGGCCUCCAGAAUGAGAAGGUGAUUGUACCAACAGAAGUAAAAAUCAAGUUGAUCAACCUUCUAUCAGAAACAGGAUUAUCUGUCAUUGAAGCCACCAGUUUUGUCCCUCCAAAAUGGAUGCCCCAGUUGGCAGAUCACACAGAAGUCAUGCAAGGAAUAAAGAAAUUCCCACAAGUACGUUAUCCUGUAUUAACACCAAAUCUCCAUGGCUUUCAUGACGCUAUUGCAGCAGGAGCAAAAGAAGUGGCCAUUUUUGGAGCAGCCUCUGAAACGUUCAGUCAGGUGAACACAAAUUGUUCCAUUGAGGAAAGUAUGCAACGGUUUGAGGAAGUUAUCAGUUCAGCGAAAGAUGGCAACAUUCCAGUUCGAGGGUAUGUUUCCUGCGCAAUAGGAUGUCCUUAUGAAGGAAGCAUUGCACCAGCUAAGGUUGUAGAGGUGGCUAAAAGAAUGUACAGUCUGGGCUGCUAUGAGAUAUCACUGGGUGACACAACUGGUGUCGGAACUCCGGGAAAUGUGAAGAAAAUGCUGGAAGCAGUGAUGAAAGAAAUCCCUAAAAGUGCCCUUGCCAUUCAUUGCCAUGACACAUAUGGCCAAGCUGUGGCUAAUGUCUUUGUAGCAUUACAGAUGGGAAUCAAUGUUGUGGAUUGCUCUGUGGCUGGACUUGGUGGUUGCCCUUAUGCUAAUGGAGCUUCUGGAAAUGUUUCAACAGAAGAUGUUGUGUACAUGCUGAGUGGCUUGGGUAUUCAGACGGGAAUAGAUUUAUGCAAGUUAAUGGAAGCUGGCCACUUUAUCUGUAACGCACUGAACAGGAAGACCAACUCAAAAGUAGCUCAGGCAUGUUACAAGCCAUGAUAUGGAUCCGUGAUAUGGAGUUCAAUAGACAUUCCUUGCUGCAAGUACUUAAGCCAUAAUAUUUAAUGUGACUAUUAAAUUCAAAGUUGCACUGAAGCACUUGAAAUAAUGCCAGGUGCCACGGUAGGAAAUCUCAUGCUCUGCACUUGUAUGAACAUAGUCAGAUGAACCGUGAGCGAAUGAACCACUUCUAUUUAAUGCCAGCAGUAAGCAGUUACCUGUUGUGAUACAGCUUUCUUCUGCCAGUCAAGCUUAUCAAGGGACAAUGACAGAGUCUGAAACACAAGAAACAAAGUUUGAAAAUUCUGUCUCCCACAACUCAAUCACUCCUCAUCUAAAUAGUUUCUCUUUCACCAAGACAAACAAUAACGUGUCACAUUCCAUUUACUCACCAUCUCUGUGGGGAUGAACAUUCAGCCACACAGAUACCGCUCACUAUCUUUAUGAUCUGACCUUAGUUUUGAUACUAUGUCAUCCUCUCGAUCCACAGGGGUUUUGAUACAAACAAUAUUAGAAACAGAAUGAAGCGACGUAGCAAAUAUUGGCUUUGAAAUUAAACUCUGGGAGCAUCAUGAUCAACCACGAAGGUUUCACCUGGUGUGAAGAUUUACUAGAUAUAAUAUCAAAUCAGAGCAUCAGAGAACUGGGCUUCAUCAAUGUGUGCCUCAUAUUUACUGACAUUUUUCAUGUCAGAACUUCCUAAACUUUCUACAUCACAGCAGAUUUCAGUAUUAACAUUCCCUUGACUGAGAUUGUUCUCUGUGCACAUUUUAUUUAGGUUUCAGGAAGUUUCUUAACUUCAACAAACCUCUUUACUGAAAGAGUUGGCUAUCAACACAGUUUAAAAAUAUAGAAUCCUUCAUUCCAUGUCAAACAUCAAUGGGGCAAGUUGCAGGAGAACCUCUAGAGUAGAGACUGGGCCAGGAGUGUCAUCUUUAUUAGCAACCAACUUGGGAAUGCAAUCUGUUUUGCUUGAAUUCACUAGGUCACAUGUCAAACAUUAGGAAGAUUGUAUGAUUAGUCAGUUUUCAGUUGCAUCUAGAGUUUAGGAGACUGACCUUGAUUUCUAGUCUAUCCUAUGCUCAAAGAUGAUGUCCAGUGCAGAGUGCUGUAUGUGGCCAUGAAGGUGAGCACUGUGUACAAUCUAUUUUUUUUUAUUCUGUGGCACAAAGGAAGGUUGCAAUUUACCAUUCAUUUGCCAAUGUGAUUGAUGCAACUUAUUAAAGGGAAGCUAUAUUUGUCAGCUUUGUCAUUACAGCAGAUCAACAGUGAGGAAAGACCAUCCAUCAGAUUGAAGCUGUUGGUUUCCAGAGUUAUUUAACAGUAUCCAGGUUGCUCUGAGGUCCUAUAGAACCCAUUCCCCUCCUUGGCGCCACAGAACCUUCAGCAUUUCAAAACAUGACUGCAGGCAGGGCAUUCCAAGUGGCGAUGGCCAUUAGAUUAGAUUAGAUUCCCUACAGUGUGGAAACAGGCC